AUGAAGGUUGAAUUACAAUAUUGGUUAGAAAUACAAGGUUGUCAACCAAUAGCAAUUUGGUUACUGAACCGGCACGGAUCACACAACCCUGAAGCGGACGAAUUAUCUGAACUACAGAAGCUAAUAGAUUUCAAGAACAACGUCAUAUCCAAUUACAGGAACGGAAACUUUAGAAAUACUAAUCAACGCAUGUGUGCAGCUGACGUGAACCUCUUAGAACAAUGGUCAUGGAACUCUCGUCAGAACGCGACAUACGCUGGUGACCUGACCACGGACGGUUACAUGUCAACGCAGCAACUUGCCCAAGCAUGGAGGUCUAAGUACCCUGGACUGUUCACAGAUAACCGUUAUGAUUACUUGUUCAAAUAUGUAAACGACCAACGAUCUAGUACAACAUUCCGUGCGUUUACUGAGGGACUGUUUAGGGACCAGGCUGAAGGAAUGGAUGUUCCCAAAGAGACCGACGAGAAAUUACUUCGGCCUUACAAAUUCUGCCCAGCGUGGACGAGAGAUGUUGAAGAAAACAAUGAAACGCUAGCACAACUGAGAACAUUUGAAUCUAAGCAAGAAUAUAAAGAGAUGAUAACCAACAUCUCAUUGAGACUUGGUUUUACCUACGAUAUAAGUCUUGCAACAGUUUUGAGCAUGUACGAAAUGUGCCGUUACAACAAGGCGUGGGAAAUCGAAAAAAUAUCACCCUGGUGUUCUGUGUUCACAAAAGAGGACAUUAAGCGGCUUGAGUUUUCGGAAGAUUUGGAAACGUAUUACAAAUACGGGUACGGAACUCUGAUGAACCAAAAAAUUGGUUGCACAGCUGUAAAGGAUAUGAUGGACUUCUUUAAAAUUCACUUAGAUCAUGAAACUCCUCAGCAGCCGAAAGCAACAGUCCAUUUCACAGAAGCGGAAAUGAUACUUCUUACUCUGACAGCGCUCGGCGGAUACAGAGAUUCAGCUCCGCUUACUGGUGACAAUUAUCAUACACAGACCGCGAGAGAGCGACGCUGGAGUUCUUCUAACAUGUCCCCUUUCAACGCAAACCUCGCUGCCGUGCUUUACAAGUGUGUACCAAACAAUAACAUAAAGAUCAGAGAGCCAUACCAAGUGUUAUUCCUGUCUAACGAGCGCACCCUGUACUUAGACGGCUGUAAUGUUGGCCUUUGCGAUUGGAGUCUAGUCAAGAACCGCCUUGGCCUAGUCGCUGAUAACUGUGAGCUAAGUUUUUGUAAUGGAGCCAAUAAAGUUAACUUUAUGGGGAUGGGCGUUGUUGCAAUCUUUGCUUUAUGUAGAUUUAUAUUUUAA